AUGGCGCAGUGCGUGCGUCGGCUGGUGCUGGCGGCGACGCUCGCCGCUGCGGUGGCGCUGCUGCUGUGCACGAGCAGUGCGCCGGUGGCGCGUGCUGCUGGGACGGGCGACUUCACUGAGGAGCAGCGGACAAACACGCUGGCGGUGCUGCAGGCGUUUGGGCGUGCGAUCCCUGAGCUUGAGAAGAAGUGGACGGGCAACGACUUCUGCUCGUGGGACCACGUAGCGUGCGUGUCAGUCAACGUCUUCGUAGGUCUCAAUGUUUCGACGUAUGCCGGCACGCUGCCGGAGAUGCCUGUGGGCGUCAAAUACAGGCACGUCAUGAUCCGGGACCUGGGGUUCUGGAAUAUGCUAAAACUGGUCGGGACGCUGCCGGACAGCUGGAGCAAACUGGAAGGACUGACUUCCCUUACGUUGUUGGGCUGCGGCGUGAGCGGGACACUGCCCGCCUCAUGGAGCUCGAUGGUUCGUUUACGUGCCUUGACUGUGGGAAAUUGCAGGCACCUCACCGGCAGCCUGCCUUCUGAGUGGAGCUGGCUGCCUAAUUUACAGACUCUGGUGCUGAGGCAACUGCAGCUGAGCGGUACGCUGCCGGCUGAGUGGAGUCGGAUGAAGUUCGUAACUACGCUGGAGAUCGCUGCAGCUGGCAGCUUCACCGGCACGCUGCCGGCUGAGUGGGGCUCGAUGAAAGCGCUGACGAAUCUGUAUCUGACCGAUUUGCCGAUUGGUGGCAGUCUGCCACCCGAGUGGGGCUCGAUGAGACGGCUGGUGAAUCUGUAUCUGGGCGAUUUGCCGAUUGGUGGCAGUCUGCCACCCGAGUGGGGCUCGACGGCCGUCCUCAGAAAGCUGAAGAUCUGGGAAUUGCCGUUGGCCGGCCCCCUUCCUCCUCAAUGGGGCUCGCUAGUGGGGCUGCAGACUCUUUCUCUGCGGGACACAAACAUCUCCGGCACGCUGCCGCCCGAAUGGAGCUCGAUGAGAGCGCUGAGGGGUCUUAAGCUGCGGGGCAAGAAGUUCUCCGGUACACUGCCGCCCCAGUGGAGCUCAUUGGCAUUGCUGAUCCGUCUCGAUCUGGAGGGUACUCAGGUCUCCGGCGCGCUGCCGCCCCAGUGGGUCUCAUUGGCAUCGCUGAGAACUCUUGAUCUGGAGGGUACUCAGGUCUCCGGCACACUGCCCCCGGGAUGGAGUGAGAUGAAAUCGCUGACCAAUCUCUAUCUGGAGGGUACUGAGGUCUCCGGCAGUCUGCCGCCCCAGUGGAGCUCAAUGGCAUCGCUGACCAGUCUCUAUCUGGAGGGUACUCAGGUCUCCGGCAGUCUGCCGCCCGAGUGGAGCUCAAUGAAAUCGCUGAGAACCCUUGAUCUGGAGGGUACUCAGGUCUCCGGCAGGCUGCCGCCCGAGUGGAGCAGGAUGUUGAGUGCCGAGAACCUGCAGCUGGAGCACUGCGACCUGUCCGGCAGUCUGCCGCCCGAGUGGUCUGCGAUGCGACAGCUGCGUCUUGUCGGACUGAGGGGCAACCACUUCUGCGGGUGUGUGCCGGACUCGUGGGGCAAGAAUGCUGGUCUCCUUGUAAGAAUCGAGGACGAGCACAAGGGCAAAUACUGCAGGCUCGGUAACGACUGCCGCACGACUGAACCCACCACCACUGCUACCCCAACAAACACGCCUACUCCUGCGCCCGCUCCUUAG